AUGGCCACAUUUCUUCAUCCCCUGGAGCCUCACCCACUUAAAGUUGUGGUGAGAUUUGGGGAUCCUGUGUCAGUGAAGUGCGGCAUGUCCACUGAACAUUACGGCAUACGCUGGGAGGCUUGCCUGGAACUAAGUCCACCCAAGGUUGUGGUAAGAUAUGGGGAUCCUGUGACAGUGAACUGCAGCACCUCCAUUGAACAUAUCGGCAUGGGCUGGGAGGCCACUGUGGGAGCUGUAGACAUGAGGGAUGAUGUUAAUGUGAUCACCUGGACAGUUCCAGCGCUGACUGACUGGGUCACAGAGCCAAUAUGCUUCAUCAACACUGAUGAUGGACAGGACAACAAAACUCUUUCCGUCAUUGUCUAUAAGACUCCAGACAGUGUGUCCAUCAGUUAUGUGAAUCACACAGGCCCAGUGAUGGAGGAGACACAGUAUCAGCUCCAGUGUGACAUUAAGAACAUCGCUCCUGUUCAGUAUCUCACUGUGAGGUGGUACAAAGGACAGACUCUAGUGGACAGUCAAACAUUUACUAAUGACUCCAGGACUCCAGCGAGUGUUUCUGCUCCACUCCUGAUCACUCCCAGUAGAGCUGAUGAUGGAGCUCAGUACAGGUGUGAGGCAGAGCUGGACCUGGGAGCAGAGGGACCUCAACCUCCUCCUGUAGAGAUGUCAGAGACUCUUAACAUGACUGUGCAUUAUGCUCCUGAGAUUGACUGCCCUUCAGAAUAUGAGGUGAGGGAGCAGGAGGAGGUGAAUAUUUCUUGCACAGCAGUGGGUUCUCCAACUCCUGAGAUCUCCUGGUCCAAAGAUGGAAAGAGAGUCGAUCGCCCGAAUCAUCUCUCCAGAGAAGACGGUGGCUCCUUCACUAUCAAUGCCACAAAUAAACAUGGAACCAAGGAGCAUGUGCUAAAAAUCAACGUUCUCUGUGAGUCGUCCUCAGUGCAUAAUUAA